UGUUUUGUAUCUUGAUUUCUUGGUAAACGGCAGGGGUUUACACAUUCUGGGCUCAGUUAGCGUUGAGUACAUAAAUUGUUUCCGUCGUAUAUGAGCAGAUAACCUAAAUAAAAAGACGGUUUGUAGCAAAGUCAAGGAGACCGAAGCGAUUAUCAAAACCUUUAAAGAAGUAUUAUGGCUACUGCAUCGUGUCCUGCUCCUGUAAAGCAAAUGGAAACUCUGUUAGAGUGUUCUGUUUGUAUGGAGAUAUUGACUCAGCCACGGACAUUGUCAUGUUAUCAUUCAUUUUGUAAACACUGCUUGGAGAAUUAUGUCGCCGCUCAGCGCAAGAAGGCAGUUAAGGCUAAAGCUUCAGUACCAGAAAUCUUUGAAUGUCCAUUAUGCCGCACGAAGUUUUCAGUCAAAGAAGGGGAAAAUGUUGGCGAGAAAAUGCCAGCAAACCACUUUAUCAACAACCUGUUGGAAUUGCUCAGCAUACAGCAACAAGCCUAUCAUGUAAAAUGCCAGUCGUGUAAAGCGAACGCUCCUGCAGCCAGCAGAUGCAUAUCGUGUGAGAAAUUUCUGUGUGGAAAGUGUCUGGAAACCCACAACAACUGGACAGACUUUGACGAUCACGUCGUGUUGACGUUGGAAGAAUUAGCGAAGCCAGAAAACCGAGCGAAGGCAAAAGACAAACCUCGUUGCGAGAAACACAGCAAAAUAAUUAAAUUUUACUGUGAGACAUGCAAAGUCCGGAUUUGUCGAUACUGCAUGGAUCUUAAUCACACUCGGCCUGAACAUACGUGGUUCCCUUUGGCAGACGUUGUGGUACAGCACAAAGAUGCGUUGAACGCAUUUGCUGGUAUAUUUCAGAAGCAAAAUAAUGAUGCAGCUGAAAGUAAUCGUAAAAUUCAAGAGGCAAUUGAGGAUCUUAAGUACAAUACAGCUAAAGCAAAAUUCACCAUUAAGCAGCAACAGCAAAAUAUCCUGGAUGCGUUUGCAGAAAAACUCGGGAAAGAAACAACAGCCUUGCUUGGUAAAGUUGACAUGAUAUUCGCGGAAGCCAACGAAGCCCUGUUGAAACAGCAAGCAGACGUGAAAGCAUAUUUCGAAAAGGCGAAAAGUUCGCUGGCUUUUGCCAGGAAUAUUCUUACGAGUGGAAACGACGAAGAAAUGCUUGCUCUUAAACAAGAGAUUGAGGAAAAAGCUGGUAGUAUUGUAAAAGAACGACCAGAAAUUAUGGAGCCAGUCCACGAUGGUCCUCUUGAAUAUCAUCCAAAACCAACCAAAGGUGUUAUUGAGAACAUGAAGUUAAAUGACUUAGGAAAAAUUGUUUUUCGUACUUGGAAGGAAACAAGAUUGCGUGUAGACCCUGACGUACAGUUCUUGUGUGAAAGAUCGACUAUCUUAGAAGGUAACCUUGAACAUGCCAAGCAACUUGUGGAGUGGGUGAAAGAUUACAAGUUUGGUUGGCAACUUUGUUAUCGAGCCUCACGUGAUGGUUGGGAAGGAUGGAAUUUUCAUGGCAGAUGUGACGAUGUUGGACCUACAUUGACCUUGGUGAAAUGUGGAACUAACGUCUUUGGUGGUUUCACCGAUCAAAGUUGGAAAAAUCACCCACAGAGAGUUUUUGGUCUGGAGUUAAAACAUUCGGUCUCGUCAUUUUUAUUCUCUCUUAAAAAUAAGGAGAACAUCGAGGCAUUUAAGUGCCCGAUCAAGGAUGGUCGGAAUGACAAAGCAAUCGUUUGUCAUCCUCACUGUGGAGCAAUCUUCGGUGGUGGUAAUGAUCUUUUUAUCAGUCAUGAAGCCAACACAAACCGACAUUCAUACAGCAAUUUCGGCGAAACAUACCAACCUCCUCCAGGAUUUGAACCCGGUACACCACAAACCAAUGCUCUGCUGGCCGGUAGCUCUGAAUUCACACCGUGUGAAAUUGAAGUUUUCCACAGUUGAGUGCAGUUCGAUAUAUGUUCACCCAUUUCUCGACCCCAAAUCAAGUUCUGUUCAUACAAUGCAAUUUUGUUGGAUCCAAUUCACUUCUGAUGGAUGUUUUAUAGUCUGUUAAUUGUCUUGUAAUGUGUAUGAGCAGCAAAUCCACUGAAGACAAUGCACUACUGCUUCAUCAAUAACAGAAUUUCUCAGUUAAAAAACCGCGAAUAAAAUUUUGCGUAAGCAUGUAACUAGUC